AUGCCCUGUACACCAGCCAUUGUCCGUACACGUCAAUGCCGUCAAAAUUUCCAGAUUUCAUCACCAAGUGAUGCGGUUAUGUCACCGUGCACGAAAAAGCUAACUGGAAAUGGUCAUCAUGGUGCUAUGAAGGGUGGUUCAAUUCCAUGGUCUCUGUUGAAGGAGAAACAAAAAAUGAACGUGAAAAACGAUCUUGGGGAUCAGCCAAACGAAUAA